AUGUUUAACGACAUAGUAGACGGUUGCGACAAGGAUGAAAUCGACAAACAUGGAGGUUCUUAUACUUAUAUCAAGUCUGGGAAUCCGAACAAAGCUCUCGUGGCGGAAAUGAUUCCAAUAGGAUCUAUUCGAAAAGGGGAAACACAAUGCGCGGACAUGAAUGGCCACUACAGCACACCACGAGAUGAUGAUAAUUCAGGUGGGCCCACCGUUAAUGCUGCCAUCGGCCAAUGGUGUAGCGAUAACGCAGGAUCCAGAGUGGAUUGGUUGGUGUAUAAAGAUGUUUCCUGGAGAUUCCCGAUCAACAAUCUCAAAGUGCCAGACCGGAGUUCAUUCUUUCUCCAUGCGAAUUUGAACCACGACAGGUGUUAUGGGAAGACCAAGCAGGAGAUAUUCAACAAAAAUCAGUGUAUACAAGCUCUUCACGAUGGCAUGGAUAGAUGCGACGACAAAAAGACUCGUACGCAUGGACAUACUACUGCGGUUGGUUGUAUUGACUACAGUAUCGUCCUGAGCGGUAUUACGCGAGAUGGAUCUACGCCUUGGGAGGCAUCGCCCAAGUUUCCACCACCAGAGUUUGAAGCUGAUUUAGGUGGAGUUGAUACUACUCCAUCGUGUGCAAACGGACAAGCAGGAAGACCCAUCUCCGACUCGGAUUUGGACAAAGCCAUAGAUGGAUUCUGUAAGGAUGGGGCUGAAAUCAAAGGGUACGGUAAGUAUGGGGAAUACAUGAAUGACUUUCCUCCCGAAGGACAACCACAGUUUUACAACGAUGAUCUUUAUAAGAUGCAUCUUACGAUGGGAGCUGAGACUGUUGAAAAUGGUGGACCCGUACCUUAUAAGAAUAUGGGUUGGUGCAAGUAA